AUGGAAAACAAUGACAAUAAUAUAGAUUUAGGAAAUGAGACUGAUUUUAAUCCGUCAGGUCCAGCAAUGACCGAGAAUAAUAGUACACAUUCAGCAGAGGCCCAGAAUUCCAAAACUGAACUUCCUCCUACACCCUCACGAGAUAAUUCUAAACUUAAGCCGACUACGCCAAAUGCCUCACAGGAUAAUUCUGAUUUACCAUCGUUUUCAAACAUAGAGAAACAUACUCCAAAUGCUACAUUAAACCCACCUAACCCAAGAAAGCGUGCUAGGGAAGCAAAAUCCGUCCUAUCAAAACCUUUUAAGAGUCCUCUUAAAUAUCCAGCUACUCCGAAAACAACCCCCGUAACUUCCAGAGUUACUAAUCAUGCGUCUGAUGAAUUGAAAUCAUCCGAUGAAGUUUCAUCUGAUCCCGUUUCAUCUCCUUCUCGUCCUUCCCCAAGAGUAAUUAAAAGGGCUAAAAAGGUUUUCCGCUCCCCAAUAUCAUCUGGUGGUAAAGUUCAAAGUGAUCCUGAAGUUGCUCGUCUUCUAUCGGAGCGUCUAGUACUCGAAAAGGAUGUACGCAACCUUCAGGAACAGUUGACAACUGCUGAAACCGCAAAAAAAGUGGAAUCUAAAAAUGAAGAUAAAGAUUUGGAAGCUUUGGUAUACAAAUGGAGGGGCGUUGCCCAAAGAGCAGCACAGGUUCUGUAUCAGCCUAUGGCAGAGCGCAUCCGUUUAGCUGGCGGAGUCAUGCAAAAAUAUACGAUCCAAGAAGGUGAGGAUCGAGGAGAGGUAGAAGAAACACGAACAGAGUUUACAAUGGGGAUGUUUCUACAUCAAUUUGGUGUGCCUCUUGAUUUAAUUGCCUAUGAUGAAGAGUUCGAAGAUUGGAAGAAUUAA